AUGAGUCUUGAUGAGUUUUUGAAUAAUCCAGAGGAAGAAACAGUUUACGAAGUGCCUGACAGUGACAAAUUUAUUGAAAGCCUUAUUGAAAUAUACAGAAAACCUUCAGAUAUGCACAUUGUUGAUGAUAAUGAAGUUGAUGAUAGUGUUGAAUUGCCGAUU